AUGAUACGUACUGUCGAAAAGGGAGAUAGCUUUAUUUUAGAAUCUGGCAAUUAUACAUGGCCAUUUUCACCUUCUCUUGUUGCUUCUUUACCUUCAACACUCGAACAGACUCGUCACGAAGGUCCAUACCUUCGAUAUGUCGUACGUAUUCAAUUGAUUCAAUCUGAAUGGUACAAAAAAAAUAUUCAAAAAGCAUGUUUUAUUACUGUUCAAUCUGUCUUAUCACCGAUUCCUAUGAUCGAAAGUAAAGACGACAAUAAGAACGAAAAAAGUGUUCAUUUACAUGCUAUUCUCCAAAACAAUAUCGUCGUUGCUGGUAAAAAAUUAAUACUUCGUGUCGAUUUACACAAUCAAAAUCGAGCAUUAAUCAAUCGAAUAACUUUGACGCUCAUUCAACAACGACUACUAGGUUCUGCUGUGAAGGAAGAACUUACUUCACUUAAACAAAAUUUAAAUGGUAUUCAUGAUUUUCAAGAUGAAAAUUUGCAUGAUAAAUUUGAAUUUCGUUUACCUGAAAAGAUGGCACCUUCAUGUUCAUAUGUACCUGAAUGGUCUAAUCGAAAACCAAUUACUGUACGUUAUGAGGUACAUCUCGAAGCUCACGUUCAUGGACUUUGCAGAAAUAUUCAUCUUCGACUUCCAUUAACUAUCGUCAAUGGUAAACAGCAAACAAAUAAUGAAUUUUCGCCACCACCAAGCUACGAAAAGAUUUCUCUUUAA